GUGAAACCUGUUUCAGAUAUAUAGGUAUUACUUUAAUUCUUUUUGCAAAUUUAUUUAAUCAAAUUCUAAAUGGCUUUUGUAACUAGGAUCUCUUGGAGACUACCAAUUCGUCUCAGUUCAGAUUGCAAACUUCCUCCAGUACUUCACAGAGCGCACUCAAAGAAUUUGCAUUCCUGUUCAUCAUCAUGCAGUUCAGUUGAACUCCCUAAUCAGACACAAGUUAUACGGACACCUCAUGUUCAGCUUGUCACUCGGCAACUCAACUUUCAAGGCAGAAGGCUGCAAAGCCUGAGACUCAUUAGCUCAAGCACAUGCCUUCGUCAAGAGAGUGAUGAAGAGAAUGGAGGGGAGGAGGAGAAGCCAGAAGGACGUCCUGUACUUGAUUUAGUAGAUGGUGUGAGACUUGCUGUACGAAAUCACAAAGUCCUUGAAAUACCUGUGGAUGUCAGCAUUAGGUAUAUGAAGAGUGAGGCGUAUAAGAGCACCUAUGGAGACGAGCCAGUCUGGAAGAAAUACAGGCGCAAUAAUCCUGGCCAGUAUUUUGACUUGACCAGACCUGCGUGCAUUCUUGGAGGCGUGUUGGCCAGAGCCAGCGCCUGUCCAAUAUGCCGGGACGACUACCUCGUUGUCGACUACAGGAAUGUUGAGCUGCUCAAGCAGUUCAUCUCACCACAGUCCGGUCAGCAGUACUUUAUGAAGAAAACUUGCGUGUGUCAGCGAGCAUUUAGAUACCUGGAGGUGGCCAUAGAGCGGGCUAAGGACAUGGGUCUGCUAGUGCAUGACGUGCCCAUACGCCGCUACGACUAUCGUAAUUUUUACCCUCCCGAGCUGCUGCAAAGUAACUACACAUACGUUGAGCAGUGAUGCUCGAAUAAUGUGUAGGAAUUAUUUUUCGUGACUGUAAUAAAAAAUACGAUAAUAAAGUUUGAGAGUUAAUGGAAAAUGUGCAA